GCAAGAACUGCAGGAACAACAACCGUAGGGAUCAUCGAGGAGUGCGUAGCUCGUAUCCGCCGCCCGGCGAUGGAAGCAAUGCGGUGAAUCACACUGCUGUCACCCAAACCACCGAAUCAGAUGCCCUUUCUUAUUCCAUUCUCUCUUCUCCUUCAAUCCCCCUUCUUUCUCUCUCUCUCUAUAUAUAUAUGAACACACAUUUCUCUCUCUACAUUCGCAUACAUUAAUUUCUACCUGCUGUUGAGUGUUGAUACAUUAAUUAUUCCGCAAUUUUAUACUCCGAAAUGCUUCAUUUAGAGCAUCAAUUCCGGGGCUUGGUCGCGGUUAGUGAAGAUUCGCCGCUGAAUAAUCUGCACUCGAUCGGCGGUUUGUUUCUAGAAGAAUCCGCGCCGGCGUCACUCAUUUCGUUAAUUUGUCCGAAGAAGAGCGCUGCCUGUGCGACGGUUUCGUGUUCCUCUCGGAGGAGUCGCCGGAGAGGAUUCAUCGGAGACGGGCGGCGGCGGCGGCGGGGAGGGUUUUUGUCGGUGACGGUGUCGUCGGGUGACGACGGUGGUGGUGAGGAGUUUUCAGUGAGUAGUGUUUUGGGGAAUGGGGAGGGAAAGAGUGAAAAUGAGGGUGAGUGUGAAACGCUGUCGUUUAAGGAGAAGAAUGGAACUUGGAAUACUGCAAACCAUCUCUGGGCGGGUGCUGUUGCUGCUAUGGUCUCAAGAACUUUUGUUGCACCGUUGGAGAGAUUAAAGCUGGAAUAUAUAGUUCGUGGGGAACGAAGGAAUAUUGUUGAGCUCAUUAAGUCAAUAGCAGCUUCUCAAGGGCUCAAGGGAUUUUGGAAAGGGAAUUUUGUCAAUAUCUUACGAACUGCACCAUUCAAGGCUAUCAAUUUCUAUGCUUAUGACACGUAUAGAAAGCAACUGCUCAAUUUUUCUGGCAACGAUGAGACGACAAAUUUUGAGAGGUUCGUUGCAGGUGCUGCAGCUGGAAUUACUGCUACGGUACUCUGUAUACCUAUGGACACUAUCAGGACAGUGAUGGUAGCUCCGGGAGGGGAAGCAUUGGGUGGAUUAAUUGGUGCAUUUCGCCACAUGAUCCACACUGAAGGGUUCUUUUCACUUUACAAGGGCUUAGUUCCCUCGAUCAUUAGCAUGGCACCUUCUGGUGCCGUUUUUUACGGAGUUUAUGAUAUAUUAAAAUCGGCAUAUCUGCAUUCCCCGGAAGGGAAAAAAAGGCUUCAACAUAUGAAGCAACAAGGUGACGAAUUGAAUGCUUUGGAACAACUCGAGUUGGGCACUCUCAGGACUUUAAUUUAUGGAGCGGUAGCUGGUGCUUGUGCAGAAGCUGCUACAUACCCAUUUGAAGUUGUGAGGAGACAGCUUCAGAUGCAAGUUCGAGCCACAAAAAUGGGUGCUUUGCAAACUUGCAUGAAGAUUGUUGAGCAAGGUGGCAUUCAGGCUCUCUAUGCUGGAUUAAUCCCAAGCUUACUCCAGGUGUUACCUUCAGCUGCCAUAAGUUACUUGGUCUAUGAGUUCAUGAAGAUAGUUCUUAAAGUUGAAUAAAAGUAAGAGCUAAUUGCUUAGUUACGCUAAUCAAAAUUUGACGACAUUUUUUUUAAGAUCUCUUCUUAGUUUUAAUAUUAAAUUAGGAUUUGCAGGUAACUUUGUGGUAGAUUUAAUUUUUUUAAGCUAAUAAUCUGUUGGAGAUCGUCUUGACUGGUUAAUUAUUUUUUAAAUGUUGGGUGGAAUUUCCACGUGCCAACCACGUGAUAGUUGAAUCACAGCAUCUCUUUGUCCCUGCACUUCUGUGCUUUAGGAGGAAA